GAUGCUAAAAGCUACAGCCAUGGGGUAUGAUCUGUCCAUUUGAGCACUGAAGCAAAUAUCCUACUUUCCGUGCAUGUUCACGUGUUUAUGCUCCUAAUAACGUGCAGGACACUCCGAUGGCCCCGCCACCCGCACAUGACAUAGAUCAUCUCUUAGGUAGCAGAAAAAUGGCCAUACCAAGACUGGCAGAAGGAUCUGAGUCUGCUUUUACCUCGCCCGGGAGGUUCCAUCGUCGCCAUGUUAGUCGAGCAUGCGAAUCUUGCAGGCAGAGGAAGACAAAAUGCACGGGUGAUAAGUCAGGUUGCCGGAAUUGUAAGGAAGCAGGUAUUAUAUGUUGUUAUACUGACGGAAAGCGAGAGAAAUCUAAAAGGUUAGUGGCAUUGUUUGAUUUCAUCUUCUACGUCCUUGGUGCCUUGAACAUGCCAACAUUCAUAAACAUCUUUCAAAGACAGAUGGCUAGCUUAGAAGGGAAGAUACAGGCCUAUGAAGAUGUCCUUAGAAAACUGAGCAGUCGAUUCGGUAUCUCUGAUGAGCAGCUGAUGAGUUUUGCACUGGCAGAUUCAGCUGCUGAAUCGACCGCACAGCCUGAUCCAUAUGCCGCUACGCCGGAGGAUAGGAAGUUCUUUUGGGCCUUGGGCUCAGAGCCCUAUCUUUCAGCUACUUCGCUUGUGUCGCAUGUUGCCGCCCACACCGAUGAAGAUUUUAAUCGGGAUCACUUCACACGGGCUACGGGUUUCAUUGGUAAAAGCUCCGAGGUCUCAUGGCUGCAGAUGUUAAGCAAAUAUGUGGACUCUGGGUGCGAGGUAUGUCAUCCAGUUUCUGGUAUAUCUUCACCGGCUUUGACAUCCUACUGUGAUGGGCCGAUAGCUUCGUCAAAUUAUCACCUUGACGACUUCGACAUGCCUACCAUUGAGCGACUCGACACAUUCGAGCUCCCGUCUAAGGACACUGCUACAAAACUUUUCAAUGCGUACUUGAGUUCUGUACAUCCUUCAUUUCCCAUAAUCGGAAUUUCGACAUUUGCAUCACAAUUUCAAGCUUUCUUCAAUAACCCGUCCCUGAAACCAGGAAACAAGUGGCUUGCCAUAUUGAACCUCAUCUUUGCUAUUGGUGCAAGAUAUGCUCAUUUGACCAAUGCAGAAUGGAGAAGGGAUAGGGAUGAUCACUAUUCAUACUUCAUAAGAGCGAGAAACAUGAGUCUUGAGGGCCAACUGCUGCACCACUCUGAUCUACAACAGUUACAAGUUGAAGGGUUGGCGUCGUUCUAUAUGUUAUCAUCCGGCCAUAUGAAUCGGUCAUGGAAGCUCUGUGGUAGUGCUGUGCGAAGUGCACUGAGCCUUGGGUUGCAUUUACGCAAUAUAGGGACAUGCACUUCCGACACAUCUAAAGAAAUAAGAUACCGUGUGUGGUGGGCUUUAUACACACUCGAGCAUCGUCUCAGUGUGAUGACAGGCCGACCCUCCUGCAUCAUAGAUGGCGCCUGCACGACCCCUCUCCCUGUCCCUUUCGAUGAGAGCGACUUUCGCAAAGAAUCGGUAAUGCACCUCAUAAGUCGUUCCACACUAGAGGGCCUUAGCCAACCCGGUCUGGCCUUGAAUUCUUCGCCUAAUCCAGACCCCAAGGACACAGGUAAAGGGAUAGAGAGCGCAGAUGCAAACGCCGCUGCACCGUGCAAGUCACUAUACUUCUUGCAGUUGGUAAAAUUGACUUCAAUUGCGAAAAGGAUGACAAACAAACUCUACAGCCCUGAUGGGGUGGAAAAGCCUUGGUCAAGUAUGGAAUUUGCGAUACGAGGACUCAUGCUUGAUCUUGAUUCCUGGCUUAUAAAUCUGCCCACUGCUUACGAUUUUACCUCUACACACACUUCGCAAGGCUCGGCAACCCACAGAAUGAGCCUAGCUCUCACAUUUUACAGUACGAAGAUUGGGAUCACAAAGCCGUGCCUUCGCCGUAUAGAGUCAAGUGCACUUGGUGAUAAAUCGGAAGAAUUCUGCAGGAAGGCUGCAGUUGAAUGUGUAGAAUCAGCUUGCCAUUUGUUGAGACUAUUUCCUGAGCCUCUGGAAGCGGCAUUACUUCACAAAUUGUCUCCAUGGUGGUGCAUAUUACAUUUCCUUAUGCAAGCAACUGCCAUCUUGUUGAUUGAGCUUUCUUUCCAUGUCCAACACGUUCCUGAAAAAGCGGCCAUGGUGUCAAAGGCAGUUAAGAAGUCCUACGAUUGGCUGUCAGUUAUGUCUGAGACUAGUAUGGCCUCGGAAAAAGCUCGGAGAAUGUGUGAUGAGUUCCUGCGCCGACUUGGCUUCAACGACGGUACUGAGAUCCACAGCUUCCCUUGUAUAGCGGGCCUUACUUCACAGAACUCGCCCGAUGACGAACUUCACGAUCCACGUCACAGAUCCACAAGAGUAGCCACCCCCAAUGGUAUCCCAAGCAGAGAAGGUUCUAUGCCAUUGUCACCGGUAGACCAUUCCAGUGCCGCAUUUGCCCGGCCAUCGUCAGUUGACCUGGAAGUCCCGGAGACACAUGAAUUUGAGCAAGAUGAGAAAAUUUUCGCUGUCCACAAUCUUUAUGACAGCUAUUUACCCUACGACCCUAACACGGGUCAGAUAACCGGUUCAUUUUUCCCUUCCGAAGAUGACAUUGAUAUCAGACUGGGGCCAUAUAAUUGGGAUGAAACGAUGGGAUGACAACUAUUACAAACAGCCGGCAUCAGCAUCUCCAGUGAUUCGAAAUGGCCCCAGAUAGCACAAUGCAUCAUAUAUCUUUCAAGUAAUAUGGAGCUUUCAACCUUUACACCUGUUGAAUCAAGGUCAUGCUCAUGGAACACUAAUCUUCAAAGAACUUCUGCAACACACGUUGUCUUUCGCUAGCCCCAUAUCCUUGAUUACAAGCUACUGUUGAUUUAACUAUUUAAUGUCUAAUGGCCCUCUCCCAGUACUCGACUAAUGGAUGGCGGCGGUGCCUGUUCGUCGCCUGUCCGUCUUCAUACAUGACAGACACGAGGAAAAUAAGU